UUCUGUAUUCAGUAUCAGUCUUAAAAAUUAAAAAUGGCUUGAACUCUUAAAAUUAUUCAUAUCCACACUGAGUUUUCUUGACUCCAUGCAUGUCUACAUUUUAGCCUGCAUGCUUCCUUUACUUUUCACAAAAAUCUGCAUUCACUUUGUUCAAUAUAGCCACAACGUAUCACACUUAUUCGACUCAGUCCACGAUUUGCUAAAGCCAGAAGACUUUAAAUCCAUGUAGAAACUGUGUAAUACACUAAAUGUCCAGACUCGCAAAUAAACUCGUCUUAGUUAGCCAUCAUUAUUUGGAAAUGUUAUUUUAUUCAUCUUAGACACGAAGGACUCUGCACAUAUGGUUUGCACACAUUAUUUGGUGACUUUGUACAUUCUGAGACGAGUGUAUGUUGGUGUCGACAUCUCUGCUAGAUCAGGUCUGUCAACAUAUCUAUCACACAGAAUACACAGCAUGACAUAUAAUCAGUACGUACCUCUUUGUUCCACAGCUUCAUUAGAUUGGCUGCUCAGCAACACAAGAACUUAACACUCCGUUUGUGUAGAUAAAGACAAUGUGUGAUAAGAUACUGGUGAUUCACUCUUGAAUAAACAUAAAUAAAAAUGCUCGAAUCACUCAGAUCAGCUUUCAGUUUGUUCUGAGCUUUUUCUAAGAUUACUUUUAAGCUACUUUUACAAACAGACAAAUGCACACCUGUGUUCACAAACACAAAAAGCUCACAUCAGUAAAGAAACCGGCAAUGAGUUUGAGGUACCUGUUAGCUAAACAGUACCUCAGUGAGUGACUUGUGUGGUGUGUCGUGUGUGUGUGUGUUUCUGUUUGAAAGGGGCGUGUUUCUGCUAUUCAUAGUUGUGAGAACUUCAGAGGUCUAUUAGAGGUCAGUCUGAGUCCUUCUAAUAGCAACUGCAGCAGCACAGGGCCUUUCAAAUAUCCACUGUGGCCACGGUCUCGACCUUUCUUCAGACACACGCUGUGAGCAGUUCACUGCAAAACGACCAUGCAGGCUCAGGAGGUCCUGAGACAGCUGCGGAUUCCCGAGCUGGAUGACUUUCGGCAGUACGUCCGAGGCUUUCCCACCAACGCCCUCAUGGGUAUGGGUGCCUUCGCGGCCAUCACCACCUACUGGUUUGCCACCCGUCCAAAAGCCCUCAAACCACCCUGUGAUCUUGGACUGCAGUCAGUGGAGUUACCAGGUGGUGAGCGUGCGAGAAGAUCGGUGUUGUGCGAAGACGGCUCUUACCUGACUCACUACUACGACGAUGCACGCACGUUAUACGAGGUGUUCCUACGAGGGCUCAGAGUAUCAAAUAAUGGACCUUGUCUAGGAUCGAGGAAACCAAACCAGCCAUAUGAAUGGCAGACUUAUAAAGAGGUAAUAGAUAGAGGAGAAUGCAUCGGCUCCGCCCUCCUUCACAGAGGACACUCUCACACAGGAGACAAAUUCAUCGGCAUCUUCUCUCAGAACAGACCAGAGUGGACCAUUACAGAGCUCGCCUGUUACACGUACUCCUUGGUGGCUGUCCCGCUGUAUGACACACUCGGCGCUGAAGCCAUUGACUACAUUAUUGAUAGAGCCGACAUCUCAACGGUGAUCUGUGAUGUCCCUGAAAAGGCCCGGAUGAUUCUGGAUUGUGUCAGCGGAAAAGCACGAGCGGUGAAGAUGAUUAUUCUCAUCGAGGCGUUUGACAGCGACCUGGUGACCCGCGCAAAGGAGAACGGCAUCGAGAUCCUGAGUUUAAAGGAGCUAGAGGCCUUGGGUAAAGCUAACCUCAAGCAACCAGUGCCUCCCAAACCAAAUGACCAGGCUCUUAUCUGCUUUACCUCUGGAACAACAGGAUACCCAAAAGGUGCAAUGAUUUCUCAUGAAAACGUAGUCUGCAACACUGGCGCUUUCAUUAAAUUGACCAAGGUAAACUGCAUGCUGAACGCCAAUGACAUUCACGUAUCCUAUCUCCCUCUAGCUCACAUGUUUGAGAGGGUUGUGGAGUGUGUCGUACUCGUCCACGGGGCUCGAAUCGGCUACUUCCAAGGGGACAUUCGACUCUUGAUGGAUGAUCUGAAAACACUCCAGCCAACAGUUUUCCCUGUUGUCCCCCGCCUCCUCAACCGCAUGUUUGACAAGGUUUUUGGUCAAGCCAACACGCCACUGAAAAGAUGGCUGCUUGAUUUUGCCUUCAGAAGGAAAGAGGCGGAGCUUAAAAAUGGAGUGGUCCGAAAAGACAGCAUGUGGGACACACUCAUCUUCAAGAAAGUGCAGGCGAGCCUCGGCGGCCGUGUGAGACUCAUGAUUACAGGAGCAGCCCCGGUAUCCCCGACCAUCCUGACUUUCCUGAGAGCUGCUCUCGGCUGUCAGUUUUAUGAAGGUUACGGUCAGACUGAAUGCACAGCUGGCUGUACCAUGUCGAUGCCUGGGGACUGGUCAGCAGGUCACGUUGGGCCUCCUCUGCCCUGCAAUGCUGUUAAACUGGUGGAUGUGGCAGAAAUGAAUUAUCUGGCAGCCAAUGGAGAGGGAGAGGUGUGCGUCAAAGGACCAAAUGUAUUCCAGGGAUACCUGAAAGAUCCUGACAGAACAGCUGAGGCUAUUGAUAAGGAUGGAUGGCUGCACACUGGUGACAUUGGGAAAUGGCUUCCUAAUGGCACUCUGAAGGUUAUUGACAGAAAGAAACACAUUUUUAAGCUGGCACAGGGAGAGUACAUCGCCCCGGAGAAAAUUGAAACCAUCUAUGUUCGCAGCGACCCCGUGGCCCAGGUGUUUGUUCAUGGUGACAGCUUACAGGCAUGCCUGGUGGGGAUAGUGGUGCCCGAUCCUGACUUCUUACCUAUUUGGGCCAAGAAAAAAGGGUUUGAAGGCUCUUACUCUGAGCUGUGUGACAACAAGGAUGUGAAGAAGGCAAUUCUGGAGGACAUCUUGAAUUUGGGCAAAGAAACAGGACUCAAGUCUUUUGAACAGGUGAGGGACAUUGUGUUACAUCCCGAGAUGUUCUCUAUCCAGAACGGUCUGCUGACUCCAACCCUGAAAGCCAAGAGGACUGAGCUUCGGAGCCACUUCAGAGAACAGAUCGAUGAACUCUAUGCCAAAAUUAAGAUGUAAGCCAAGUUCAAGGAGUAUUAUAGGGAAGCCGUUCAGAGACAGCCAGAACCAAACAGUGUGCUGAGGGAAUCCGUCUCACUUUCUCUGCAAGUGACAAUCUUAACAGUUAUAUGGGGGAAAAGCUUUCAGGAUAAUUGGAUAAUGAAUUUUAAAAGUGCAUUUUAUACCCACUUUGAUCAAUAAUCACACAGAUCCAUUAUCCUAGCUAACACUGGCUAACUGGCAAAGAGAUCCGCAGAACCCGCACCAAGUUUCUUGUGUAGUUUAUCCAAGAAUAAGGGUUAAAAUGGCACAGAGGAAGUUUGACUUCUGCUUUUAUGUAUGACAACUUCACGGUCAGAAAGGUGAAUCCUGAAAACAUUUCUGCUAGUUUUAUUCGUGAGAGCAACAAGAGAAAAUCUUUGAAAAUACUUCUACAACAGUGACAGAUAUUAACUAUUUAUAUGCCAUGACAUUUCAUGCUUUGGUUAUCUAUUUAAGGGGAUAUUUAAUAUCAUCUUUUUGUAAAUAGUGUAUCUGCUGGAAAAUUUGUGUACAGGGUACCAUGCCAGAUACUCUGUAGCUUCCCUGCAUUCCCAUAUUUCUCAGUGCUGCCGGCUGAAGGACUUUGAUGAGGUUUUUGGUUAACAGCCUUCUGAAAAUCAUGUUGGUUCACAGAUUUUGGGCUUUUGUUUUUGGUGUUAUUUUUAAAUGUUGCAUGUAACAUAUUCACUGUUGCUUUCUAAAUGCCUGACAUUGCAUUGCCAAAAGCUGAGGAAUGAAGCUGCACAACCAUCGUUUGUAUAUUCUGCAAGUAUUUGGGGUAAAAAUAGUAACAGUGAUUUUUAUCGUUGAUCAAACAGUUUCCAUGUCCUUUGCAAAAUCAGCAGUCUUCAUUUCAGCCAUUUGAAAAAAAGUUUGUUUGUUUUUUGUGAAUGCCGGUUUUCUGACUGAUGAAUGAUCGUGAUGUACAUCCAAUCGUGUCAAAGACCUCUUAACAGCACAAGCUGUACUGUUUAGUUGGGUUUUUUUUUAAUGACUUGUGAUCUCAAAAAGGGAGAACGGUCCAGUUUUGUGCUAUAAUGGAAAGUGUAUCUGUCAAAUGUACCAAAUAAACACAACGUGGUCGUGCAGUUGUUAGCACUGUCACCUCAUAGCAAAAAGGUC